AUGAAUUCCUCCGCCGGCAAUAAGGACGAAAUGAAUUUUCAAUAUGCAGAUGCCUAUGUAUUUCAUGAGAUUGAUUACUACCGGCGCAAAAAUCCAAAUGAUUUUGAAGAAAAUGUUGACGAGAAAGUUUUAAAUGAAUCUGAAAAAAUCAUUCCCAAGGAAAUCCGACGAUUUUUGAUUAACAUCCCCGAGUAUGAAUUGAAGAAUAAGGUCAGAAUUUUCUACCACACUGAGCAAGCAUACUGGUACUAUACUGACUUUUACGUGAAAGACAACAGCGAAUUAAUGGGUUUAACUUUAAAAGAGUUUGCUCGGCAAAUGUUUUACAGCUGUGAAUGCCUGUCUGGGCACCUGGAAAAUAUAAACGCCUCAUAUCAGCUGUGGGAGAAAUAUAGAAACGAAAUACCGACUUAUGGCGCCAUCCUUCUAGAUCCUACACUUCAAUUUUGCUUACUGCUGCAAGGUUUUUCCACGAAAGCUAAGUGGGGUUUUGCAAAAGGAAAGGUUGACGAAGAUGAAGAACCAGUUCAUUGUGCCAUUCGUGAGGUAAAGGAAGAGACCGGCUUUGACAUCAGUAAAAACCUAGACCCGAACAAUUUUCUUGAAUAUCGUGUGAGGGAGAAGUCCUGCAGACUUUACAUCGUUUCUGACGUACCGAUGGACACGAAAUUCGAGCCGAAAACCAGAAUGGAGGUCAAGGGUUAUUCCUGGUUUCCUGUGGAACAUCUACCAUGCCAUGGGAAGGAGACUUCCAGUGAGAUACGUCUCCUGAAACCUGUGGAGGAGUUCUACCCGAUCAUCCCGUUUGUCAGAAACCUGAGAGAAAGAAUAUCGGAGAUGAAGGAGAGGCAGUUGAAAGAAGAGCUGAAACAACAACAGCGGCAGAGACAGCAGCAAGUAAAGCAGAACGAGGACAUAGAAAAUAUGGCUCUGAAACGUUUCAAUCAUCCAUCCACACGAGACCAAGUUCCUUUGGCGGCGCGAAUGUUCUUUACGAAUUUUAUGUUGAGCCCAGUUGAAUCUUUAGAAAUUAGGCUGUAUAAAUUUGAUUGA